GGGGCUCCAGCUGGCUGCCGCCGCAUCAAUAUUUCAUAGCGUCAGUGAGAGGCAGGGAGGGCGGCCGCUGCGGCAGCACUUGCGCCAGCUCAGCCCGCAGCUCACGGCGAAGCGACAGCCAGGCCAGGCUCCGUCCCUGCCACCGCAGCCCAGCAGCCUGCCCUCCAGCAUGGACGUCUUCAAGAAGGGCUUCUCCAUCGCCAAGGAGGGCGUGGUGGGCGCCGUGGAGAAGACCAAGCAGGGGGUGACAGAAGCAGCUGAGAAGACCAAGGAGGGGGUCAUGUAUGUGGGAGCCAAGACCAAGGAGGGUGUUGUGCAGAGCGUGACCUCAGUGGCUGAGAAGACCAAGGAGCAGGCCAACGCCGUGAGCGAGGCCGUGGUCAGCAGCGUCAACACCGUGGCCGUCAAGACCGUGGAGGAGGCAGAGAACAUCGCGGUCACUGCCGGGGUGGUGCGCAAGGAGGACUUGGAACCACCUGCCCCUGCACAGGAGGAUAAAACAGCCAAGGAGGAUGAGGAAGUGGCUGAAGAGGCCAAGAGUGGAGGAGACUAGAGGGCUGCAUGUCAGUAGCGGAGGCCCUGAGGGACACCUGUCUGCCUUGGACCCCACCUCCUCCCAGUACAAGCAGUGCCAGCCCUGGAGAGAGCCCCGCAGCUGCCCACGCUCCCACACCCCGCCUGGCCACCCACAGCCCUGGCCGCCCUGGCUGCCACCACUGCCUUCACCUCCCACCCUCACCCCUUCUGCCCUCUGCACCUUCUCACCCACAGAUGCUGCUGUGAAUUUUUUUUUUUUUUUUUGAGUCCAAAUAAAACUUGAGUCCCCA